AUGUCCCCGACCGAACACCCCACAACCGAUGCUGAUACGCACAAGGGUGGCCAUCUCCUGUUCCCGCAACCGGGGGAUGGGAAGCUUAUCCCCCUGGUCAUCCAGAGCUUCCAGCAGCCUUCUCUACUGCCUGAGAAUGUGCCAUGGACUCGGCUAGGGGAGCCCUUCUCCAAGGUCGGCACUAUGGAGGCCAUUUGGUAUUGGGUUUUAUCUCCGAUACUCGUAAAGGGGAGCAAUGAGGUGGAUAUCUGGCCCAAGUCCUUAUUCUUCUUGGUUUUGAGGUUUCUCGCGGCAGCGCCUCUAUGUGCUGUUAUGGUUUGUAGUCCUGGUCCCAUUAUAACUUGGCAAUGGUCAGCUUAA